CUCGACGACAUGUAGAAAAAGAAUUUAAAAACUGUCGUAGCCUAUUACUGCGAGCUGUCAUAUGUGCUCCCACUUACGUCUCAUCUCAUCUCACAGUGUGUGUGUCUCACUCACUGACCGCCUAUUAGUGACUUCAGCCAACGGCUAACGUUAUGCUAUUUACCAGAAAUCAAUUCUUCUUCUCUGCUCUAUAACAGUAGCUGCCAGUGGCUUCGCAGCACAAAUUCCAGUGUAGGCGACUGGAUUAGAGAGGCGAAGAAAACCGCCGUUUUAUCUGGGUGUGAAACUAUAACGUUUAUAUACAUUACGUGGUAUCUCAUGCGCAUAGACUCGAGGACUCGCACGACUCCCGAGAUGAGCUGAUGGUAUCAGCACCACUGGAGUUGUUAGUGAUCAAGCUUUUAAGAGCUCAUACUUGGAUCAAACAGCAAGUUAGUUCUGAUAGCUAUAGCGAUAGAAGUUUCUUUUUGGCAUCACAAAGUAAUAUUUUCUGGCUGGAGGAAAAAUACAGCAGUGUAGGGAGAGGCAGCACAGCAGCAUCGAACCAAAGAGAUGCUCAGAGUGGUGGAGCAGCUCCCUCAGUAAACACAAAUCAAAUAAUAAUCUUGAUUUUUACUUCAAAAUAAAGUUUUUGUUUUUUUGUUGUUUUUUUUUUGUUUUUUUUUUUACAUGUAAAUUCUUGCAAUUAAUUUAAGAAAUGCUGAUAUUAAAUAUGGUGUGAACACGACUUUUGGGUAAAAAAAGAAAACAGAGCCGUCUUCACAGUGUUCCAACAACUACAGAAGAUGUUUAUCAGGAUGCAGUUUGUUUCGUUUUUUUUGUUUUUGGUUAUUUGUCUCUCCUCCUUUUUCUCUGCUCCAACAAUGCCUUUUCCUACAGACCUGCAUCAUUGUUCUUCUUAGAAUUAUUGUUAUUAUUAUUUUCAUCAAUGCUUUUGUCCAUUUUAUUAAGGCUCGCUACAAAGUUUUCAGUGCACGUUUUUGGUCAAAUGAAGUGUUUGUUUCUGUAAUUGUUCUACUUAUCUUACUCAACAAUGUACCAUGUUCCGAUAUGGCUACAGCUAUAAUAUUUCCAUUUUCAAUUAACCGAUUGAUUUCUGAAAUAAUCAAACAACCUUUGCUGUAUAUAAUGUCAGAGCCCACAGUGACUUAAGUAAAUAAGUAAAUAUAAGGUAUGUUUGCUUGAAAAAUUACCAAAAAACUCAAUCACUUAUCAAAAUAGUUGUAGAUCAAUUGUUGGUAUAUUGUUAUCUAUUGUUUAGUACAACGAUAGUAAUCUUUGUAUGAUGCUACUGGGUUAGAGAAGCGUCUAAAUCCUAUGAAUUCACCUCAGUGCCUGCAAAUAUUUAAUGUGAACAUGGCAUUAUUUGUUUCAAAUGUUAUAUCUGUUAUUUUGGGGAUAAAACUUUGGGACGGAGCCAGAUCUCAUGCACAGACCUCCUGCCGGGUAAAAAGGCUGUCUGAAAUGUGAUGCUAAGUGAUCUGACAGCAGCCUGUGGUCACUGUAAUCCCCCCAGAAUGAGAUUAUCCCUGUGUGGAAACAGUGAGCCAUGGUGGGCAGGGCACUCCCAUCAGCUGUGUGUCUAAGACAGAGCCCAUUGAACCCCUACCGCUAAUCUCUGUACACAGACACACCUCGACAUCCUGCAUAUAAACUCGGCCCGGACUGGGCUUCAGCAUCAGUCCUGGGUGAGGCGAGUGAAGACUCACGUCAUCACCUUCAGAUAAAAAUGGACUUUAAAACAACUAGGUCUCUUCUUCUCCUGCUUCUGGGCUUCUGCAAUGCUCACCAAGGAAAUGAUCAUGGUGCUGAUGAUGAGAUCUCAGUGGAUGGCUCCGCUAUGGAGGACAUUACCACAACCAUUCUGAGAAUGAACAAUGGAUCUAAAGAUUUUCUGCUGGAAGGAGACGUGUUGAUUCCAAGAACCAGGAAUGCUAUGAAGUGCGUUAAUAAACCAUAUAGCUGCUUGUGGUCAAAAUCUGCUAAUGGGAACGUGGAAAUCCCUUUCAUCUUAAGUGAAAAAUAUGACAACUCUGAGAGGAGUAAGAUUUUUGCAGCCUUGAGGGACUUUGCAUCAAAAACCUGCAUUCGCUUCAUUCCCCGUGCGGCUCAGAGGGCGUACGUAAGCAUUGAACCAAGAUAUGGCUGUGCCUCUUUACUGGGUCGUAUUGGAGACAAGCAGGUGGUGUCACUGCAGAGGUUCGGCUGCAUACGCCACGGCAUCAUCCAGCAUGAGCUGCUGCACGCACUAGGUUUCUACCACGAACACACUCGCAGCGACCGCGACAUGUAUGUCAAAAUCAACUGGGAAAACGUCAAUCAAUAUUUUGUCUACAACUUCCAAAAGAAGGACACAGAUAAUCUCAACACUCCAUACGACUACUCCUCUAUAAUGCACUAUGGAAGAACUGCCUUUGGAAAGUUCGGGGCCGAAACCAUAACUCCCAUCCGUGACCCCUCUGCUUCGGUCGGCCAGAGGGAUGGCCUGUCCAAAAUCGACAUUCUCAGGAUCAACAGGCUCUACAAGUGCUGGAGAUACGUCGGAUAGAGAAUUGCUGCAGUAUUUUUCCA